AUGGGAGUGAACAAUGGAUCCACUCUGCUGCAGGAAGAACAACAGGAAACACCUGCAGACAAAAAAACAAUAUCUCGGCUACUGACAAUAAUCUACGAGCCUCGCUGCAGGGCUGCACUCGCAUCAUCAACACUUCAGCAAAUAAAACUGAAACUCUCAGCGUGUCUGGACUCCAGCAGAGUCUGCCUGAGUCAGUACAGAGAGCUGACUCAUUACUUCUCUCUGCUCUGCUUUCUGCUCGUCCUCGUCACUCUGCUGCAGACGCUCUGCUUGGUUCAGAUCACCUUCGUGUUCCAGUCGCAGACGACGCUGCAGGAAACCAAACUGAGAGAUGUGACGCAGGCGCUGGAGAAGCUGAACCGCUCGUACCACCUCCUGUUCUCCCAGUACCCGGCUCUGGGCCAGUACUGCCCCGUCAGCAACAACACCACCGGGGAGAGAGUGUGCAGCCCGUGUCCGGCCGGCUGGACGCCUCAGGGAGAGAAAUGUUACCUGUUCAGUCAGGAGAGAGCCGACUGGAUCAGCAGCCAGUACCGCUGCAUGGCACAGGGUGGCACUGUGGCCACAGUGAGGACAGAGGAGGAGCAGGUGUUUGUGUGGAGAAAGGCCCAGAGUCUGAGUCAGGGAGACUCGUACUGGCUGGGCCUGAGGAGCGCUGGAGGAGCUGACGGGGGCUGGCAGUGGAGCGACGGCUCCCCGGUGGAGAAGGGACCGGGGUUUUGGGAGCGUGAGCCCGAUAAAAGUGACAGCGGGGAGCUUUGUGGUCGACUCACACCAGGAGACGACUACAGGAGGAGCUGGUUCACCUACAGAUGCUCCAACCUGCUGAGGAGGAUCUGUGAGAGGAGGAAAGCUUCUCUGCAGUGA